AUGAUGGAUAAUCCUUCAGCCAGUCCGCCUCUGGAUGGCGCAAAAUCACCAUCCAGGGGCGCGGACUCGGCGCCCAUACCGAGGGACGACGAGCUUCACUCGCAGCGCAUUUUCGGAAAGUCAGACCGUGAAAGAACGGAAACAGACUCUAUUAUGUCAGACGAUGCUGCUGGCGUCAAAAAGGCCGAAGCAGUAGUUCUUGCGUGGGAUAAGAACGCUGUGUGGGCAGUCUACGCCUGGAUUUGGGUCUGCUUCUUUAUGCUGGCCUUUCAUUCAUCCAUUCAAAGCAACGUGAUCUUCUACGCAUAUGCCAACUUCCAAACCGCUCCUGAGGUUCCGACUUCAGCAAUCCUGGGCAGUGUUGUGGGCGGUGUGGUGAAACUUCCCGUCGCCAAAAUCGUGAAUAUCUGGGGACGAGCCGAAGCUCUUGUGGUUUUUACUUGUUUGUUCUUGUUAGGAAUUAUUGUGUUGGCAUCUUGCACUGGGCCCAGUGGAUACGCCGCGGGAUACGUUCUCUACUAUGUUGGAUAUAAUGCAAUCUACCUCAUUCUUGAUGUGUUUAUUGCCGAUACUUCGGGUCUCCGCAAUCGAGCAUUUGCAUUUGCAUUCUCGAGCACACCCUUCAUCUGCACGGCAUUUACGGGCCCAUUGGCAGCGCAAGCCUUGUUGAGAAUGACUUCAUGGCGUUGGGCAUAUGGUAUAUUUGCGAUUGUCUUCCCAUUCGUUCUUUUGCCGCUCGCCGUUGUUUUCAAAUUCUACGAGCGUAAAGCAGAGAAGAUGGGGCUUUAUCAAAAGGUCAAAAGCGACCGAACCUGGGUUCAGUCGCUUUUGCAUUAUAUUCACGAAUUCGAUGUUGUUGGGGCAGUCCUAUUGAUGGCAGCUUUUAUUCUACUUCUUCUCCCCUUUAGCCUUUCAGCUUAUGGUCGAGCCCAAUACAGCUCUGCAUCUUUCAUCGCCAUGCUAGUCGUUGGAUUCUGUCUUUUCUUCGUCUUCGUGGCAUGGGAAAAGUUCUUCGCACGCAAGCAGUUUAUUCGGUAUGACCUUCUUAAGCAACGAACCGUCCUUGGUGCCUGCGUCCUGUCAACUCUCUUGAACUUCGGAUAUAUGGCCUGGGAUAGCUACUUCGUCAACUUUGCUAUGGUUGUGUAUGACCUUAGCGUCUCCAAUUCGGGCUACAUGAACCAGAUAUACAACAUUGGAUCAUGUUUCUGGGCGCCCCUGUUUGGACUAUACAUCAGACAAACAAAACACUUCAAGAAAGCAUGUCUUUUCUUCGGCCUACCAUUGAUGCUUCUCGGCUCCGGUCUCAUGAUCCACUUCCGUGGCCAAGACGACGGCAUCGGAUACGUCGUCAUGUGCCAGAUCUUCAUUGCCUUUGCUGGUGGCACUCUAGUCAUUGGACAGGAUAUGGCAGUCAUGAGCGCGGCAGAUCAUGACGGUGUGCCUAUGAUGCUCUCGAUCCUCGGUCUUUUUGCCAGCCUCGGUGGAGCGGCAGGUGCCACACUUGCAUCUGCUGUAUAUACAAAUGUUUUCCCGAAAACGCUUGUGGCCAAUCUACCGGAAAGUGCUAAAGCAGACUGGGCGGACAUCUAUAUUGGUGGCUAUCCUGCCCAGAUGGUAUACCCGAUUGGAUCGGAAAUCCGCAAUGCCAUUAACAAGGCUUGGGGUGAUAGCCAAAAGUAUAGCUGCAUUGCAACCACGGCGGUCGUUGCACUGGGCUUUCCAUUUAUUGCCAUUUGGAAGAAUGUGAAUGUGGAUAAAAAGCAGGUUCCCGGAACAGUACUCUAA